UAUAAGUAACAGUUAUGGCGCUCUCUCAUCAGGUUCAUGUUAGUUGUGGUCUAUGUGAAACUGAUAGACCAAUUAAGUGGAAAUGUUUGGACUGCGGUAUACUUAUGUGUAAUCAUUGCAAGGAAAAAGUACAUUCAAAAUUUAAAAAUGCUCAGGAUCAUAAGAUCAUUGAUAUCAGAGAUAUAGGAUUGCAUUCUACAGAAUUAGAUUUUAAAAAUAUAAAGUGCAAAGAACAUGAUGAACAAAACUGCUGUCUCUUCUGUAAAACCUGUGACAAUUUAGUCUGUCCAACUUGUGUGUCCAAAGUUCACAAGAAACAUGACAUUAUCGAAAUAAGGGAAGAAUACGAUAUAAAAAUAGGCAAACUGAAAAAAGAAAAAACUAAUAUUCAAAUGGAAAAAUCAAACAUGGCAGCUAAAAUGGAUCAUCUCAACGAACUAACAAUUGCUGAGAAGUCAAAAUUCACAAAAGUAAGUCAAGAUAUUCUUGAUCACGAAAAAUCUGUCAGAGUUAAAGUUAAUAAUUAUUUCAAAAACCUUAGAAACCAAUUAGAUCAAGGCCACAAAACUGCUAUGAAGCCCAUUGAAUCUGAUCAAAAUACUAUCUCAGUAUUGAUGAAGCUUGCAGAUUAUAAAGUCAAUGAAGUACAGGACUUAAUACAAAUUUCCAAUGCUUCAAAGUUCUUCACAGAUGUCAAAUUUAUGGAGGAAUCCAUGACAGUCCAAACACCACAAACCAAGUCAAGUUAUGGCUCUUCCCCAAUAUUUAUACCAGGGGAGAUAAAUCAGUCUAAUGUUGGAGUAGUACAAAGUGACCAAACUCCAUCAGAUGAACAAAAUGUUGUGUUCAAUAUCAAUAAACAAUAUAAAACAGAACUCAGUACGAUUUUUUUUUUAUCUCCAUCCCCUGACAAUUCAUUGUGGAUAAGUUCUGGAUCAACUGGAGAGUUAAAAAAAGUAAAAUCAGAAGGAAACAAGCUAAGAGUCAUAUCUGACUUCAAUGUCAAGCUCUAUGGCAUGGCAACACUUCCAUCUAAUGAUGUCCUCCUGUCCACAGGGAAAACCACAUUACAGAAGUUAGAUAUAAAAACCGCUAAAUUAACAGACACUGUAUAUAAUGUAGAUCCAUUACCUUCUACAGGCAUCCACAUUACCAGUGGUAAGAAAUUUAUAGUAGGAGGUUAUCAUAGUACACUGGGAAAAAGUGCUGUUUUUGUCAUUAAUGAAAAUGGAUGCCAUGAGAAUGUGUAUGAACAUGACCAACAUAAUCAACCCUUAUUCACCUUUCCUGACUGUAUAACCAGCACAAGCAAUGGGAAUAUACAUGUGGUAGAUCGAAAUCAAGACAGAGGUAGAGUGGUGGUGUUAGGACAGGGAGGUAAUAUAAUCAAUACAUAUCCAGGAAAUACGAAUGUCAGCAAGAACAAAAUAUUCAUUCCAAGCAGAAUAGUAACAACACCAAGAGACAAUGUCAUUGUACUGGAUAAAGAUGCUUUCUGUCUGCACAUUCUAACCAAUGCAGGUCAGCUAAUUACAUUAUACAACACAAAAGACAUAGGAAUAGUAUAUCCACAUUCCCUUGCCUUUACACCAACAGGACAGCUCUUCAUUGGAUGUUGCAAACCUGAAGGCAGUAAAAUCAAGGAUGCCAAGCUAUAUGAAGUCGAAAUAUCAGGUUGUUAAAAUUAAUUUACAAUAAAGGAACCGAAUUGAGUAAAUUAAAACUUCUCAAUACAUUACUAUGCAACAAAUAGAUAUGAAUAUUGCUAUGAAUCUCAGUUUAUGACCAAACUCAGUAAAGACACGUCAUUGUUACAUUUGGUUGACACAUUCAACAAUACCUACCAUUAUGUUGAUGAUAUUUUUUCGUUAAAUAAUCCAGAGUUCUCUCAAAUUCUCAAUAUACUACCUAAAUUUACCCAAAGGAACUUACUUUAAAUAAAUCUAACAUAAACAGCAGUAGUUGUCCUUUUCUAGAUUUAAACAUUUCAAUUUCUAAAGGGAAACUCCAUACUCAAAUUUACGACAAAAGAGAUGAUUUUUCAUUUCCUAUUGUUAAUUUUCCUUUUUUAAAUGGCAAUGUUCCUUUGGCUCCAUCAUACAGUGUUUAUAUAUCCCAACUCAUUCGUUAUGCUCGUGUGUGUAGUGAUGUCGUAGAUUUUAACAAACGCAAUCAGUGUAUAAUUUGGAGUUUAGUAUGACGUCCAUUAUCACUGAACUAGUAUACAUAUUUGUUUAGGGGCCAGCUGAAGGACGCCUCCGGGUGCGGGAGUUUCUCCCUGCAUUGAAGACCCAUUGGUGGCCUAUGGCUUUGUCUGCUCUAUGGUUGGGUUGUUGUCUCUUUGACACAUUCCCCAUUUCCAUUCUCAAUUUUAUCACUGGUAAAUUAUCAAGUCAGGGAUUUUGUUACCAUAAAUUACUUAAAACUUUUACUAAAUUCUUUCAUAGAUACAAAGAUUUGACCAGUAAAUUUAGCUGUACCUGUAGAAAACUUAUCAAAAACAGUAUUUCACAUCCAAACUUAUUAGGUAAGGUUAUCUUAUUAAUGUUGUAAUAAGAUCUUUGAAUAUUGUUUACAUUGGCACAAAUAUUGAUUUUGUCAUCAACAAAUUAAAAAAUAACAAAAUUUGUAUUCUUUUCGAAUGUUCUUUUGGGAUGUAUAAAUACACAUCCACGUUCAUUUUCUAUAUAAAGAUUGCCUUAUCUAUAUAUAAUAUAUGUCCUAAGUCAGGAACUGUUGUUCAGUGGUUGUUUUUUGUUGAUGUGGUUUAUAAAGUGUUUCUCGUUUCUCAUUUUUUUUUAUAAAGAUUAGACCAUUGGUUUUCCUGUUUGAAAUGUUUUACACUAAUCAUUUUGGGGCCCUUUAUAGCUUGCUGUUCGGUGUGAGCCAAGACUCUGUGUUGAAGGCCAUUCUUUGACUGACCUAUAAUGGUUUACUUUUUACAAAUUGUGACUUGGAUGGAGAGUUGUCUCAUUGGCACUAAUACCACAUCUUCUUAUAUCUAUCAUAUUCAUGAUAUUAUGCCAAGUUCAAAAUAAUCCUUAAAGAGGUAUUAGCUGUCAAAUUCAGGUACACCAAUUUGACUCAAAUUCUAAUAUCUCCAAAUUACAAAAAGUCAAAAAUAAACAAUUAACAAUGCAUGGACUCGAUAAUAUGUAUCAGCAUUUCCUGUUUAUCUCAGUCUAGACGUCAUCUUAUUAACCAUUAAGAUGACCCUUGAAUACUGCUGACAGUCAUAUAACUCAAUAUAAACAAAAAAAUAAAUAUAAAAAGAUAGCGACCAUGUGCUAUUGGAUUUUUCUAGGUCUGUUUGAUUUCAUAUUAUAGGUUAAAAAUGUAUGUUUAUUAUUUGUUUUACCUGUAUAAGAAGAGAUUUUUUGUGAAUUGAAUCAGCCAACCAAAUGGCUCAUUUUGUUUCAUUUUCAAUAUUGACAUUCUUUUCCUUUUUUUAAUAGCUGAACACAUGUGUAACCCAUCCUAAGGGAUAUUGUCUACAAAAAUCUAUUUUAUUCUAAUAAUGAAACAAUUCAGAAAUAGUAUUAUGGGAAUGCCACUGUAACAUAAAAUUUACAAUGACAUUGAGACUAUGUUGCAUAAAGAGCAAAAAAAAAAACAAAGUUACUAUUUAAAACUUGUUGAUAUAAAGCCAACUGUCAUGACUGUUAUAAAGCAUAUGAUGCAUGAUUCAUUGACUCAUAGAUACUAUUGAUAUUAAACAAUCUUCUCAUACUGAUAUUUUCCUUAUUUGUAAACAUGUAUGUUUGUUAUUGAAAGUAUUCUUGUUUAUAUUAGACUUAUUUCAGUUCUGAUUGUGCUUUUUGUAAAGGGUAUAUUCAAUGAAAAAUUCGUAAGGGUUCCGCGGAACCCAGUGUCUCGCCUACUUUUGCUGCUAGUCACAGGCUCAACAAAAAUUGGGAAAAAAUUAUUAAAAAUUUUCUUAUAGAUACUAUCUUUGAUUGUAAGAAGCAUCUUUCCAAGUUUGGUAAAAAUCCAGAAUGGUUUAUGAAUCCAAUAAAUGUUUUAAAAACUUUAACCACAGAGUGAAUGUUAUGAUAACUGGCAGAAAAACUAAGUCCAUUUAUAAGUAAAAUACGGAAAAACAGGAUUUUUUUUUUACAAAAUUUACUUCUAGAUACUUAGCUUUUGAUCAUAAACAAGCUUCUGUUCAAGUUUGGUACAAAUCCAGGAUAGUUUAAGAAAGUUAUUAAAAUUUUAAAAACUUUAACCACAGAGUGAAUGUAAUGUUAACUGGCAGAAAAACUAAGUCCAUUUAUAAGUAAAAUACGGAAAAACAGGAUUUUUUUUUUUUACAAAAUUUCCUUCUAGAUACUUAGCUUUUGAUCAUAAACAAGCUCUUCAAGUUUAUUACAAAUCCAGGAUAGUUUAAGAAAGUGAUUAAAAUUUUAUAAACUUUAACCACAGAGUGAAUGUAAUGUUAACUGGCAGAAAAACUAAGUCCAUUUAUAAGUAAAAUACGGAAAAACAGGAUUUUUUUUUUUACAAAAUUUCCUUCUAGAUACUAGCUUUUGAUCAUAAACAAGCUUCUGUUCAAGUUUGAUACAAAUCCAUGAUAGUUUAAGAAAGUGAUUAAAAUUUUAUAAACUUUAACCACAGAGUGAAUGUAAUGUUAACUGGCAGAAAAACUAAGUCCAUUUAUAAGUAAAAUACGGAAAAACAGGAUUUUUUUUUUUUACAAAAUUUCCUUCUAGAUACUUAGCUUUUGAUCAUAAACAAGCUACUGUCCAAGUUUGAUACAAAUCCAUGAUAGUUUAAGAAAGUGAUUAAAAUUUUAUAAACUUUAACCACAGAGUGAAUGUUAUGUUAACUGGCACAAAAACUAAGUCCAUUUAUAAGAAAAAUAUGGAAAAACAGGAUUUUUUUUUUUACAAAAUUUCCUUCUAGAUACUUAGCUUUUGAUCAUAAACAAGCUUCUUCAAGUUUAUUACAAAUCCAGGAUAGUUUAAGAAAGUGAUUAAAAUUUUAUAAACUUUAACCACAGAGUGAAUGUAAUGUUAACUGGCAGAAAAACUAAGUCCAUUUAUAAGUAAAAUACGGAAAAACAGGAUUUUUUUUUUUUUACAAAAUUUCCUUCUAGAUACUUAGCUUUUGAUCAUAAACAAGCUUCUGUCCAAGUUUGAUACAAAUCCAUGAUAGUUUAAGAAAGUGAUUAAAAUUUUAUAAACUUUAACCACAGAGUGAAUGUAAUGUUAACUGGCAGAAAAACUAAGUCCAUUUAUAAGUAAAAUACGGAAAAACAGGAUUUUUUUUUUUUACAAAAUUUCCUUCUAGAUACUUAGCUUUUGAUCAUAAACAAGCUCCUGUCCAAGUUUGAUACAAAUCCAUGAUAGUUUAAGAAAGUUAUUAAAAUUUUAAAAACUUUAACCACAGAGUGAAUGUAAUGUUAACUGGCAGAAAAACUAAGUCCAUUUAUAAGUAGAAUACGGAAAAACAGGAUUUUUUUUUUUACAAAAUUUACUUCUGGAUACUAUCUUAUGAUCAUAAACGAGCUUUUGUCCAAGUUUGGUAGAAAUGUAGGAUCGCUAUGUCUCGAUUUUGCAACAAAAGUUGCAGGCUUGACAAAAAAUGUGAUUGAAGCAAGCAAAGAUGUACCGUAUAUUCGGUUUUUUUCGCGUCAACUUUUUUUCGCGAUUUGAUGACAAAAUGGGCAGGUUAAAUUUUCGCUGUGUAUAAUUUUCGAUGAAUGGAAAAAUACACGCGAAAAAUAACUGUAUCGCAUUAUUAAAAAUGUUUACAACGUAAACUUGAUUGACUGACAGGUAAUCAAUUGCAAAUAAAUAUGAGUACUACAAACGAAAAUACACAUAAUUCAGUGAACUUACAAGGAACAUAAAAUAUGUACAGACAUUGGGGCAUGCUAAAAAAUGAAGGUUUUGUUCAUUACAGAUAGACAAAUAUCCUUGUAAAUGUGAUUUGUUUUUAUUUCUUAUUUUACAUAAGAUGCAAAAUGUUCGUGUUAUGACAUCAAUCAAUAGAUGGUCGCUAAUUAACAUCUUUUAACCUGUCACUGAUUGCUGUGUUGUCAAAAAGUGUGCCAUGUAUGAUUAAUCAUUUUAAUUAUUAUAUAAACAGAUAUCUUAAUUAAGCAUACACUUUCUUGUGAUCUACCAAACAACACAAAAGACUUGACAAUCAACAGUAUGAUAUAUGAAACUUUCAAACAAUGAUAAAUCUGGGAAUAUGCAGUGAAAUUUACGCGGGGUCAAACUUUCGCGUUUCUUUAGCUGCAGCGAACAAAGCGAAAAUUAGACACACGCGAAAAAUACCCAAUAUACGGUAUAAUGCAUAAGGAGGAGUUUUGCAUACAAUUAUAUCAGCCAACUGUGAUCAAGAAAAUAUUUCAAAAAUCCUUUUUCAUCAACAUUUAUCACAAUGUCAUUGUAUUUUUAUUGUAUGACAUAACAUUCAUUUCUAUAAAUAAAACAUUGAUUCAUUUUUUGUAUUCCAAAAUUUCCUCCUUUAAUCUCCAUUAUGAAAGAUUGUUUUCAUUUUUACAUGUUUGAUACAAUUCUUCUUCAAAUGUAUGUAUAUAAAACUAGAUAACUAUGUAUCAAAUUAUAUAUCUUUACAGUAAAUAUAGCAUUGGUACUGUACAUGUGGAUUCAUUAUAAUUCGUUGGAUACCUAUUUUCAUUGAUUUUAUAGGUUUAGGUAAACCACAAAUUUAAAAUGUUCAAUGCAGACUUAAGCAAAUCCAUUAAAUCAAAUAUUCAGGAAAUAAAGUUUUUUUUUGUCAAUCUAAAAUAAUUCGUACCCAAGAUUUUUUUUAUUAAUUUUAAUUAUCUGUUAUUCAAUUUAUCUUUUAUCUAAAUUUUAUGGUGAUUUUGUGCAUUAUUCCACUAUGUCCCAUGUACAAUUGUAUGUCAUGUAAUAACAGAGUGCCAAGAUACUAAAAUAAAAAAAUAAUUGUCGUAGUCUAUGGAAUUAUAAAACUAGUACAUGUAUUUCAUAUUUUUCCACAAUUUAGAUAGUCAGAAGUUUUUCACAAAAAGCAGUAUUAUAGUUUAAAAUAAAAUAUUGUGCUUUAAAGUUUCAUAGUUCAUAUGCUACUUGUUUCUGAUUAUAACAAGGAAGUAAAAACUUUACUAAAAAUUGAUUAAGUGCAUGAUACCUAUUUAUGAUAUAAAAGCUUCACUUAAAAUAACUUUACACUUGUUGACAUAUAUGUACACAAUCAACAGUUUUCGUGACUUUUUCUAUUCUGCCUUAAAUCUUUUUUCGUGAAUGCUAAUUUCUUAUAGUCUCACAGAAGUUCUAGAACAUUUAACAUGUAAGUGAACAUUAAACUUCAGCAUCAUAAAAGGCCAAGAGUUUGCUGGUGACAUGUAUAUUUCAAUUAUUAUAAAUAGAUAAUAAGAUUAAAACAAGUAAAUAAAAAAAACCUAAAAAAUGAAGAAUACUAAAAUCAUAUUUAGCCAAUGUUAACUUUAGACAUUUUGGAUUUUGUUUUGAGAUUCUUUAUGUUUUUGGAUUUCAAAAUUUUUAUCUUGAACAUCUCUGAUAAAUGUCAUUCCAGAAAAGUGUAAAUAUAUGUUUUGAUAUCAUAUGUUUAUCAAUUUGUAUUGGUAUCAUAUAUCUAUCAUUUUGUUUUGGUAUAAUAUAUUUAUCAUUUUGUAUUGGUAUCACAUAUUUAUCAUUUUGUAUUGGUAUCACAUAUUUAUCAUUUUGUAUUGGUAUCACAUAUUUAUCAUUUUGUAUUGGUAUCAUAUAUUUACCAUUUUGUUUUGGUAUAAUAUAUUUAUCAUUUUGUUUUGGUAUAAUAUAUUUAUCAUUUUGUAUUGGUAUCACAUAUUUAUCAUUUUGUAUUGGUAUCACAUAUUUAUCAUUUUGUAUUGGUAUCAUAUAUUUAUCAUUUUGUAUUGGUAUCACAUAUUUAUCAUUUUGUAUUGAUAUCACAUAUUUAUCAUUUUGUAUUGGUAUCAUAUAUUUAUCAUUUUGUAUUGGUAUCAUUUAUUUAUCAUUUGGUAUUGGUAUCACAUAUUUACUCAUUUUGUAUUAUUUUUCAUUUUUUUUAUUGAUGUGUAAAAGCAUUGACCAAACAAUAUUAUGUUUGAGGCUCUAAAGUGCUUGAAUUCUAUUUUAUUGGGACAUUAAACUUCACUUUAAAACACCACAUGAUUGACGUCUGCCCCAACAAAAUGAUGGAAUCUUUAUUAAACAUCAAUGUAAUGUUAUCAUUAGUAUAUAUGCACUACAAAAUGUUUCUCUAUUUUGUAAAUCUGCAUCUUACAUACAUGUAAAUAGAAUUGUUCAACAAAAAUAAAUUUGUUAGAAUAA